AUGCAGCCGGCGGAAAGCUCUUGGUCGGCCUCAAAGGAGUCGACAGAGCUGCCACGGUCCUCCUCGACGUCACACUCCUCGGUCGGGGCCGUGUUCGAUGCCCAAAGGCAGUCUUUCUUGGACCACAACGUCUUCAAGAAGGUCAGGAAUCACAUUCCAUCCCGAUUCCUGAGCAACCGCCGCCUCGCCAUCGCCCUCGGAGGCGCUGUAUUUGUCAUCAUCCUCAUGAUUGCCGCGAGCACGGGAUCACAACCGGCCAUCGUCCUCGACGUCAAUGCGGCUGCCAACCGCACCUUGGGCUUCGGCUCGAUUCAGAUGAUCAACCUGCCCAUCCGUCAAGACAAGGCCGACGCUGCUGCUGUCCAGGCGUUUUUGUCUGGCCUCAACAUCAACGUCGUGGAGGGUGUCAACGGCAGCCGUCUUGGUGAGGUGGGCAUGCCGCCAAGCAGUGUUCCCGACACCGAACCUGGCUUGUCCGGCGGCGAGAAGGGAUGCUGGAGAUCGCAUGCGAACGCCUGGAGCUCCAUGCUCCGUGCGAAUGCGGAAACAGUCCUCAUCAUGGAGGACGACGUGACUUGGGACGUAAAUGUCAAGGAAGUGAUGCGUCUUGCCGCCUCCCACUUGCCGGCUCUGCUCAACGGCACUGGCGUGUUCGGCAUCAACCCGACUCGGAGCUCGCACGAGCAGGCACGGAUCGACCCUUGGCACAGCAGUCAAUGGGAUCUGAUCACCUUCGGACACUGCGGCGACGGCGACGGCUGGAAGUCGGAGCGGGUCAAGUACGACGACCCUUACACCAACGGCGAAAAGAGCGAAUACUUUGGCAUCGGUCUCAAGGGCGGCCGUCGAAUGAUCCGUCGAGCCGGCGGCCUGACUUGCACAGGCGCGUAUGCAGUCAGCGCACGCGGCGCUGCGAAGCUUCUUUUGCGAAGCGGCUUCGACCUGAACCUCCCCGUCGACGUCAUCAUGAACGAUAUGAUUCGGAAUGGCCAACUCCGAGCCUACAGCAUCUGGCCGCCACCCGUUGUGCAGUGGCGUUACCGCGACAAGUUGGGCAUGUGGGGAUCCAUGGGAAGCGAUAUCAGGGUCGAGCACAAGGACCAGGAUCGAAGUGGAUGGGAAGAGGCACACAAGCAGCACGAUGUGUGGCAGCUCAAGGGUGAUACGAAGGGGUUGAGGGAGCCCGCCAUUAAGAGCGCUUGGGGCAUUUUGAUCGGUCAUGACGACGAGUAG